AUGACAGACGAUAUAAAACAACACAACGGCAAUAACAAGAAUAGCAAUAUGGAGUCUUUCUGUAUCAUUUUGGUAGAACCUGAGGCCGUAGAGCUUGGGAAUUGGGUGCGGGAAGUUGUGUUGGAGUGCCUAACACCACCAGUGCAGCGUACAGUACUGUUGAAUGUUGGUGUAGCAAGUGAUGAUGAUGCUCGAUUUCACACUGCCGCUAUGCGUGCACUAGAGGAGGUAAUGACAGAGAAGAAUAAGAAUACACCCUGUAGUAGUACCAAUAAUAAUAGUAAUAAUAAUAGUGAUAAUAACAAUCAUGACAAGAAUGAUAAGAGCGAUACCAACAAGGAUAAGGAGAGUGGAAUGGGUGGAGGUAAUGAUGACGAAAGGGUUGAAGUAAAAGGAAAGAAGGAGUUGGUCUUUCUUAUUAUUGCAAUUUUUUGGGAUGGCCAAUCUGAAGGUGUGAAGACUGAUUUUAUUCGUCUUCGACAAUUUCUGGAUGAAAUGAAGAAUGGAAAUAGUAAUAUCAAUACGAAUGUGGAUAGUAAAAAUAGUGAUGACAAUAGGAAUAAAUUCAAGUUUAUGCGACCAGGUGAGGCUCAGUUUGUUGUACAGGCACUUAAUGCUAAAAAAGGUUUUCACACAUUAAAGGAGAACCGUGAUGCGUUGGUAAGCACUCUUCGCAAAAAAAUCCCAAGUAAUACAGAUGGUAAUAAUAAUAAUAAUAAUAAUAAUAAUAAUAAUAAUACCGUACAACAUAAGGAUCCAUGUGAUAGUCGUUCAAUAGCGAAUGAACACAACAAUACCACUAGCACUAAAUCAAGAAAAACAACAUCCCCAACUACUUCUCCCACUUUAUCAGCAUUAGGUGAUGUAAAACCUGGUAGUGGUAGUAACAACAAAACUUGUGAUAUUGGUGUAGAAGAUCUUAGUGAGGAAGCUAUUUCAGCUGGUAUAGAAGCAGGACAGGGAGAAUGUUUUUUGGUUGUUUCUGCACAUACUAUGGAUGAAUUUCAGGAGCGUGUGAAGCAAUUAAAAGAUUCUGCAAAGAAAUUGGAUGUUGGUUGUACACCUGUUGUACCCGAACCACGUGAAGUUCAAGGUAGUGAUAAAGUAGGUGCUAUCGCCCAAGAGUUUCUGUUACGUCAAAGUCCAUCAUCUGGACAGAUUGAACUACGUAUCGCUAUGUGUGGUAAUGUGGAUAGUGGGAAAUCUACACUUACAGCUGUGUUAACACGUGGUUGUCGUGAUGAUGGCAGAGGUUUUGCCCGUGCGUUUGUUUUUCGACACAAACAUGAAGCAGCCACUGGACGUACUUCGAGCAUCAGUGAAAAUCAUCUCUGCUUUUCUUCCACAGGUGAGGUGGUAAACUACACAGUGUUUACUGCAAAACGAGGUAUGAGUGGUAUUCCUAGUGAUAAUACUUCUACUACUACUACUAAUAAUAAUAAUAAUGUUGGAGUUAGUAAUAUGGGUGGUGGUGGUGGUGGUAGUAGUAGUGCUUCACGAGCCCAAAUUGCGCAAGAAUUAAUGUCACGUAGUUCCAAAGUACUCACUUUAUAUGAUCUUGCUGGUCAUGAACGUUAUCUUAAGACUACUGUACUUGGAAUGACCCGCAAUCUACCGGAUUAUGCAUGUAUUGUGGUCAGUGCCAACAAUGGUGUGCAGCGCAUGACGAAAGAACACCUUGCCCUCUGUGUUGCACUUAAACUUCCUUUUUUUCUUGUCGUCACCCGCAUUGACAGCACCCCUGCACAUGUGCUCGACUCCACCAUGUCGACUCUCCAUCAAUUACUACGACUCCCUACGGUUCGCCGCCUCCCACAUGUUGUGCGCGGCGAGGAUGAUGUGGUGCUCGCCGCCCGGCAUCUCCGGCAUCUCCGCAUGGCGCCCAUCUUUCCGCUCAGCAGCGUCACCGGUGAUGGUCUCGCCGGCCUCACGCGGUUUCUCAAUCUUCUCCCGCUCCGCCGCGACUGGCGGGCCGCCCGCAGUGCCCCGCGCGAGAUGCUCAUCGACAACGCCUUUCAGGUGCCGGGCGUCGGCGUCGUUGUUGGCGGCGUCGUCACUCAAGGCGUCUUCCGCGCGGACGACAAGGCGCUGCUCGGCCCCGACGCCCGCGGCGCCUAUCGGCCGGUCCGCAUUAAAUCCGUGCAUGUGCGGGGCGUCCCGGCAGAAGAGGCCCCGGCGGGAUGUGAUGCCGCGUUGUGUCUACGCAGAGAGACCGCACAUAAAGGCGACAUCUGGCGUAUUCGACCAGGAUCCAUGCUGCUGGAUAUACACGCCGCAACACCAGAGGCCUAUUGGCAGGUGGACGCCGAUAUCACAGUGCUCUAUCACGCCACCACCAUCGCCGCAAAUUAUGAACCCGUCGUGCAUGCAACCACCGUGCGGCAGUCCGCUCGUAUUGUUUACGUGGCGCAGGAAGUACUCCGCACAGGCGAUCGCUCUCUCGUGCGAUUUCACUUUCUCUACAGGCCAGAGUUUAUGAAGGUGGGACAGCAGAUUGUAUUUCGUGAGGGACGCACAAAGGGUAUUGGAGUCGUUAAGAACCUCAUCGUUGAACGGGAUGAGUCCAUCUUUGCAAAGAGACAGAAAAACCGACGAUAG